GAUCCCUUCCCCCCUCUGGGCCAGGUCCCCCCCACUCUGUCUCUCCCCGUUCACGCCCCGUGUCUCCGCAUCACCCCACAGACGCCCCCACAGGUGUCCGCGUUACGGCAGCGCCGGGCACCAGCCCACAGGAAGGGGAAUCGGUGACACUAACGUGCAGUUACAACAGCAGCCUCCCCGCCCCCAACUCCUACGCCUGGUACUGGGGCGGCCGGCAGCUGGAGGGAUCCCGGCAGGAAAUGGUGUUGAAGAGCAUCACGGCGGGGCAGGCUGGGGAGUAUCACUGUCAGGCCGCCAAUGGGAUCAACCAGUCGCAGUCCUCCUCCAUCACCAUCACUGUCCGGUAUGCCCCCAAAGGUGUCCGCGUUACGGCAGCGCCGGGCACCAGCCCGCAGGAAGGGGAAUCGGUGAUGCUAACAUGCAGUUACAACAGCAGCCUCCCCGCCCCCAACUCCUACACCUGGUACCGGGGCAGCCAGCAGCUGGAGGGAUCCCAGCAGGAAAUGGUGUUGAAGAGAAUCACGGCAGAACAGGUUGGGGAGUAUCGCUGCCAGGCUACCAAUGGGAUCGGCCAGUCCCGGUCUUCCCCCAUCACCAUCACUGUCCGGUUCCCCGGGGCUCCCGCGUACAUCAUAGGACCUACAGUUGUGCUUGUCCUGUUGCUGCUGGUGGGACUGGUCGGCGUCAUAGCUUGGAGGAAGAUGCAGCGCAAACGCCAGGGAAUGAGCAGCAAUCCGCACCCGCCGGGCCCGGGGGAGACCCCGAUGUCUGAUCGCAUCUAUGAGAACACCCAGCACCAUGGCAUGGGGAAACCAGCCCGCCUGGCCCCACCCAGGGCCCCCAGUGCCCCCACCGAGGUGUGCCCGGGCUCUCCGGAUGGCACCAGGCAAUCCCACAUCUACAGCCAGCCGAUGAACAUGGGUAAAGUACUGCAGGGUGACCCGGACGAGGUCCACUACUCGGCCAUCCAGUUGCAGCCUCCCCCCCGGAGAGCGGAGCCUACUGCCGACCUCACCUGCGAAUACGCUGCUAUUAAGCGCUAGCAUCCAGCUGCGGCUCCCCCCAC